GUCCCAUGAAGCACCGCGGCGAGACAACAUCCGUGGAGCAACGCUUCAAAGAUAGAAAAUCUGGUAACUAGUGGGUCAUUAGGCAACUGACGGCUUCUAGGCGGACGCAACGGACGUGUCAUAAUAUAACUUAUACAGAACAAGAACAACAAGAGCAAUCAUGCUGCUUCGUAAAGUGAGCCAGUCAUCCGCACUUUGCGGCUCCAUUCUUAGGAUUCCUCCGGUGCUAUCUGGAGGUCAGCGUCAUGCCGGGGCUGUGGUUGCUGUGCAAAACGCCCGUCUCUACGCUUCUCAAACUGCAGAGGCGGUGCUGGAUAAGCAAGCAGCAGUGGGUAGUGAUGCUGCCAUUAAAGUGGAAAAGAAGACCAUUGCUGUUGAAUCCAAAUCGUUUGCUGUCAACAUUUUCAAGGGGCAGAUCGCGACUGCCCAAGUGUUCCCCUACCCCUCAGUCCUGAACGAUGAGCAGGAGCAGUUUCUCAGAGAGCUCGUGGGGCCUGUCAGCAAAUUCUUUGAGGAGGUGAAUGAUCCUGCCAAGAACGAUGCCUUGGAGAAGGUAGAAGAUCACACCAUGGAGGGCCUGAAGGAGAUGGGUGCCUUCGGCUUGCAGGUGCCAGCGGAACUUGGCGGCCUCGGCCUUACAAACACACAGUAUGGCAGGCUGGUUCAGAUUGUUGGCACUCAUGACCUGGGCGUUGGCAUCACUCUGGGUGCCCACCAGUCCAUCGGCUUCAAGGGCAUUCUGCUCUUUGGGAAUCCAGCCCAGAAGGAGAAGUACCUGCCUAAGCUUGCCUCAGGUGAGACUCUAGCCGCCUUCUGCCUCACCGAACCGGCCAGCGGCUCUGAUGCCGCCUCCAUCAAGACCACAGCUGUCCAGUCCCCCUGCGGACAAUUCUUCACUCUUAAUGGAAGCAAGAUCUGGAUCAGCAACGGAGGUCUGGCUGAGAUCUUCACAGUGUUCGCCAAGGUCCCUGUGAAGGAUCCCAAGACUGGGGAGAUGAAGGACAAGAUGUCGGCCUUCAUCGUGGAGAGGAGCUUUGGAGGAGUGACACACGGCCCUCCAGAGAAGAAAAUGGGCAUCAAGGCGUCCAACACAGCCGAGGUCUACUACGAUAAUGUUCGCGUGCCAGCCGACUGCUUGCUGGGCGAGGUGGGUGAAGGUUUCAAGGUGGCCAUGAACAUCCUGAAUAACGGGCGCUUUGGCAUGGCGGCCGCCCUCUCCGGCACCAUGAAGGGAGUCCUCUCCAAAGCUGUGGAUCACGCCGCCAACAGAACCCAGUUUGGGAACAAGAUUCACAACUACGGAGCCAUCCAGGAGAAGAUCGCUCGCAUGGCCAUGCUGCAAUAUGUGACUGAGUCAAUGGCCUACAUGAUCAGCGGCAACAUGGACAGCGGAGCGACUGAAUUCCAGAUAGAAGCUGCCAUCAGCAAGAUCUUUGCCUCUGAAGCAGCGUGGACCGUGACUGACGAGUGCAUUCAGGUUAUGGGCGGCAUGGGUUUCAUGAAGGACUGCGGAGUGGAGAGAGUGAUGAGGGACCUGAGAAUCUUUCGAAUCUUCGAGGGCACCAACGACAUCCUGAGACUCUUCGUGGCCCUCAAUGGCUUCCAGAGCGCUGGUGCCCAGUUGAAGGGUUUACAGAAGGCCCUGAAGAACCCCCUUGGCAACGCUGGGCUGCUCGCAGGAGAAUUAACCAAGAGAGCCAAAAGAAAGGCAGGCUUUAGCACAGGCCUGACACUGCAUGGAGCUGUGCAUCCUGAGCUGGCACAGAGUGGUCAACUGACCACGACAGCCAUCGAACAGUUUGGAGCGGUCGUCGAGGAGCUGCUGAUCAAACACGGCAAAAAGAUCAUUGAUGAACAAUUUGUCCUGAAGAGAGUCGCCGACAGUGCCAUCGACCUCUACGGCAUGGUGGUGGUCCUGUCCAGGGCUUCUCGCUCUCUGAGUAAUGGCAGUCCCACAGCUCAGCAUGAGAAGAUGCUGUGUGAGACCUGGUGUGUGGAGGCCAGUGAGAGGGUGAUGAAGGACAUCGGUUCCCUGCGCUCCAGUCAGUCUAGACAGCUGUUCAAGAACAUGCAGGCCAUCUCUGCAGCCGUGGUGGAGACCGGAGGAGUGGUGGCUCCUCACCCUCUGGGUUUCUAAGCGCACCACGCUCCCCCGUAUCUUCAUGUCAUUUAUUUUCUUCUGCAUCUCUAACCAGGUUAUGGGUCAUGUAUACCAAGUCCUCUCAGACUUAAACAACUUUGUGCAUGGAGCUUUUAAAUGCAGCAUUGAGCCUUCAUGACAUCAUCUCUACAUUUAAUCUGUUGAAACGUUACGUUUUUGAAUCGAGGGCAAAAUAAAUGUCAUUGCAACUUUGAAGAACAAGAGGCCAGUUAACAGAGGAAGCUGUUUUAGGGAUUUUAAUUUAUACACAAGUGUUUGAAAUGAGUUUUUCUCCACUUUGGUUUAUACACUUUGUGAUCUAAUGUAUAUAAUGGUGUGGUGUUUACGUAGUUGAAUGCCUUUUUUGCAUGUUAACCUCACUCUGUGCUCAUCGCAGAAAUGUCAGGAGCAAAACCGUUGCCUUAGAAACCGGUCCACAGGUGCUCAGCCAAGUUCAUGUUGUGACUUGACUUAAAGAGAAUUUUUAUUUGAUUUAAAAUUCAAAUUAAAACUUGCAGGUCAACGUCACUCUUUACCGAUAGCAGUCACAUUAACUUCCAACGUGCACAUGUGUAUUCUCUCUCAGCUGAAGGUAGCAGGCAACAGUAAUUGUAGAAAACGAACAGUCAGUCUGCAUAGCUGGUACUUUAAGGAAAUCAUUUCUUGUACAAUUAAUUAAUUUUAAUCCGAUGUAUCAAAGCAUUAAUAAUUUAAAUUAGCUCUGCACAUUCUCUCCUCCCUAUAACUUGUACUGUGACGAUCAAUGCUGCUUUUAAGUAAUAAGUAAUUACUUAAGUACUCUAUGGUAAGUGGUCAUUGUGCUGAUUUAAAUUACAUGAUCAAAUGCUUGUGUUAUUUAAAAAUAGUCUCAUUUGUUAUGAUGUAGUCAGUGUUUGUGCACAUCUGCCUUGAGCUAUUAUGAUUAAUAAAUCAAGUAUAUCUUCA